CGGACACCUUCAGUUGACGGAAGCGCUCGGGGUCCUGCCCGUCACACGUGCGGCUGGAGCCACCGUGAGCGACAGCAGCCAUGCCCAAGUCGAAGAGAGACAAGAAAGUGUCUUUAACUCGGACGGUGAAGAAGGGGCUCGAGUCCAAACAGAAACUCAUCCAAGAGCUCCGCUCCUGCGUGGACACCUAUAAGCGCCUGUUCAUCUUCUCGGUGGCCCACAUGAGGAACAGCAGACUGAAGGACAUCCGAACCGCGUGGAAGCACAGCAGGUUCUUCUUUGGCAAGAACAAGGUCAUGGUGGUGGCCUUGGGGAAGGGAGAGACGGACGAGUACCGGGACAACUUGUGCAAGGUGAGCAGGCAGCUGCGAGGAGAGGUGGGCGUGCUCUUCACCAACAAGACCACAGAGGAUGUUCAGGAGUAUUUCAGUCACUUCAAAGAGACGGACUACGCCCGCUCAGGGAACCAGGCGCAGAUGGACGUGACGCUGGACGCUGGGCCCCUCCAGCACUUCACUCACUCCAUGGAGCCCCAGCUGCGGCAACUGGGGCUCCCGACCGCUCUGAAGAAAGGGGUGGUGACGCUGCUGCAGGACUACCAGGUCUGCAGGGAGGGGGAGACGCUGACGCCCGAGCAGGCCCGCCUCCUGAAACUGCUGGGCAUCGAGAUGGCGGAGUUCAAGGUGCAGAUCAAGUCCGUGUGGAACUCGGAGACGGGGGAGUUUUUGAAUCUCAGCGGCAAGGAGGAGGAGGCAGCCAUGCAGGAGGAUGAAGACGAGGAAGAUGAAGAAUGAAACUUCUGCAGAGACUGGAACGAUUGCGUCACGCGUGUCUUUUAUUAUUGUGGUGGAUGUUCAGGCCUGAAGAGUGAAUUAAAGCUCUUUCAGAGGCGCUUCAUCUGAAGUAGUUGGGACACUGGUGGGCCACAAGGUUCCAGGCUGCUGUGAAGGCUUCCACCACGCUCUCCUCCAGAGGGCCCUGCUCCACCGCAGCCAGGUUCUCCUUCAGCUGCUCCAUGGUGGACAUGCCGAUGAUCACGCCGUCUCCCAGGUCCCCCUGCCACGUGCACGCACGCACGCACGCACGCACACACACAGGUUUGUAUUGGGGACCAUCACCCCUUUCCCCAGCCGCUCACCUCAACCAGGGCUAGCUAUUUUUGAAGUGUCCCCACAGAGUCAUAUGGUCCCCACAAGGACAGUGUUUAGCCCAGAAUUGCUCCCCACAAAGUCAGAUAAAAGCGAGCGGCGUUUUGACUCUGGUGUGUGCGGUGUAAAGAUCAAGGAAGCAAAUGUCUGAGGGAAGCGGUCGUUCGCGCUUCAGAACAUGAGCAGAGCUAAAGACCCACUCAGCGAGGCCAGUCACGAAGGGUCUGAGACUGAGUUACCUUGAGCUGCGAGUGAUGGUACAUCCAGCGCAGGGCGGCCGAGGUCAGAGAAGGUCGGCCUGCGCCGUACGCCGUCUCCAGCGCCUCCGACACCACCUGGAUGGCCUGGAAGUGGCUGGCGUUCCAGUACCUGUCGUCACAAGACGAAGAGUCAGCACGCCAGCUGCGCUGGGCGGAGGCGGCUCCCCGAACCCACCUGUCCCGGUACGCAGCCGCCCAGCUGUUCCCGAAGAAGCGCCCUUCAGGCUGGGCACCAUCUUGGUCCGUGUAGUGGUACUUCCCCGUCAGGAGGCCACCUGCAGUCAGGAGGAGUGGUCACCAGGCCGCUCGGCUGUGCCGCGCUGACGACGGCGCCCCCUACCGGCCAGAGGAUUGUAGGCGU